AUGCCCACAAAGGACGACGCGAAGACCCUGGUCAGCGCCUCAACAAUACAGACCCCUACGUCACAAUCACAAGCGUCAAAGGCGACACCCGCGACGGAAACAGACCAAGGUAACCAAAAGGUGCCAUCGAGACAACAGACUAUGAGUGAUUCUCGCUCCAUAAAGCGCACAAGUAGCAAAGACCUUUAUAUUACCCUCUUAAGGUCUAACAAGACAUGCAGGUACAAAGACCAAGAAGUUGUAAAAUCCAAUAAAUCCCUCGAUCUAAGCCGAUACGAGGCGAAGAGGAACGACAGCGAUGAUGCCAGUAUUCUAAGUACGACGGGCACGAUUAAAACGAUGCCGAAGAUUAAACAAAACAAAUCCGAUGCUACCAUGACCGAAGAAGAUACGCAGAAAGAAUCGCAAAGUCAGAUCAAGCCGGAUGUUGAAACGUCCAGAGAACCAACUCAAAUCGCCGAAAGCCAAGAGACAUCAAAAGACGCAGGGACCGCAGAAACAACAACCCAUGAAACGCAAGAAUCUGAGACCAGUGAUGCCCAGUCCAAAUCUCAGGCCGACAUGCGACCCGCAGCAUCUGCAUCCCAGAACGACGGUCAACAACCGCCAACUUCAUCAGGGUGGCUAGGGUGGUGGUCCAGAACGCCUUUCACGGAGACACAGGCAACUCCAACACUUGAUACAGGCACUCAGCCAAUGAUCGAGAUUGAGACUACAAAAGAAGCCGAUACUCCUCGGCCUGUCACUCCACCCGCUCAAGCAGAGCCUUCAGAGCAGAUGGCCUCUCCUAAAAACGAUCAAGGCCCACGACCUACUUCUUGGUUUCGAUACUGGUAUCCUUCUGCCGAACCUGUCAAAGCUCCGGAGGAUAAGCCAGAUAUUCAACAACCACAAACAGACACUGAACCGCCCUCAGAAGACGUUGUCAUGAAAGAUUCUGAGCCUCCCUCUCAUCAAAAUGAGACGCCUCCCAAGAGCGGUUCGACAUGGGCCUUUUGGUCGAAGGAAUCGCCAAAAGCGAAAGAAACCCAGCUUUUACCCGAAUCUGGAGAAGUAGCGGUGAUGGGCGAAGGGUCAGAGGCCCAUCCUCAACCCAUGGCAGAACGCGAUGUAUCGCCAACCAAGGACAGCAAAAUAGAAGAUCCAAAGGUGAAGGAUAAACCAGCAUCUGUCAAGUCCAGGUGGAUGAAGAAGAACAAACGCGUUAGGCCUCAGUCGAUGGAUUUGGAUCGCACAUCAUCGCCCCCAGUAUCUGGGGCAUCAACCCCAACCAGGGCAGCAACUCCUACUCAAGAUAUUGAUAAAGCCUCAGCAAAGAUUGCUUCUUCCGAUCAAUCCAUCGCCGAGUCGGAAACAUCUACCAAGCACUCUGGCAACCUCCUGCUUCCAUCUUUCUCCAGCACUUACCGUAUGAAGGACAACCCAUCCAUUGUGAAGCAACUGACGCAAUUUCUGCUUCGCACACAGCAAGCCCCUCCCAACCAUGUAUUCCGAGUGGACAAACCUCCAAAUAUCAAAAAGGCUAUUGCAAUCGGUGUUCAUGGGCUCUUUCCCGCAACAUACCUUCGCCCUAUGAUUGGGCAGCCAACAGGUACAUCUCUGCGUUUUGCCGCCCUUGGAGCUGAGGGAAUCAGAAGAUGGGCUGAGUCUCAUGGCUGUGGUGAUUGCGAGAUCGAGAAGGUUGCCCUCGAGGGAGAAGGAAAGAUUCAAGAUCGUGUAGACAACCUAUGGAAGCUCAUGCUUAACUGGAUUGAUCAUAUUCGCAACGCUGAUUUCGUUCUAAUUGCGUGUCACUCGCAAGGAGUUCCCGUGAGCAUCAUGUUGCUCGAGAAACUCAUUGAUCUCGGCAUCAUCACCAACGCCAAAGUCGGUGUUUGUGCCAUGGCAGGAGUUGCACUGGGGCCUUUCCCUGACUACAAAUCCAGCCUACUCAUGGGUUCUGCUGCUGAGUUGUGGGACUUUGGAAACGCAGAGAGUGACAACUCAAAGCGUUUUGAGAACGCUCUGAAGCGUGUAGUAGACUAUGGGGUUCGUGUCACAUUCAUUGGUAGCAUUGACGAUCAGCUCGUACCAAUGGAGUCCGCCGUCUACUCACCUGCGAACCAUCCUUACAUCUACCGGGCUGUAUUCAUCGAUGGGCGUGUUCAUGCCCCUGAUUUUAUUGCUCACCUGGUUGGCUUCGCUCUCAAACUUCGCAACCUUGGUGUUUCAGAUCAUGGCUUGGUUCGCGAGCUAUCCGUCCCUCUUGCUGGCUCCCUUUAUUCAGGUGCUGGUCAUUCCCGCCUCUACUACGAUGACGCGGUAUAUGAUCUUGCCAUCGCACACGCUCUCGAAACAGCACCUGCUGGUCCACCACCAGCACCAUGUACCAUUUCCCCGCGCGGAGGGCCAUUGACGUCCCAGAACCCAUAUGUCUUGCCCUGGAUUAUGCGCGGAUUGUUAGAAGAGAACUUUGUCCGUACUGAAUUGAGUGCCGAAGCAGAUGAGCUACUCAAACAGUUCGAUGACUGGAAACCUACCAACAAGGCCCUCAAGGACGUCAAGUACCGCCUCGAGGCUGUGCGGUCCAAGCUUUGA